UAAGUAGCCCACACGCCCACGGAAACCUUCGGCUUGGACACGAGCGCGCUUUUGCUUAGGACGUGCAGUGGGAGCCAUAACUCUCAGUUCCCCGCACACUUGUCUCCGCGGCGUCAUUUGUCACGAUUAAAGUGGAGCGCGGCCUUGCUGUUUUUCAAACCUCCUGCUUCCACGGUGAUUUAUUCCUAAUCUAUUUGCAUCAUUGGAGGAAGUAAAAUAGAGUGGGAUUGAAGAUGAUGUUUUUGAAAAACCUGCAAAAAGGCAUUAUAGAUAUAUAGUUCUUCUUCUAACUACUCUCUGCGCCCACCGCCGCCGUGACUUUUAACCCUCUUUUGUUUGUUAAAAUCGGCGAUUCAUCGUUUUUCCCGACAAAAAGAGUCAAUAAUUAAACAAAAUAAAGGCAGCGUUGGCUGAAAAAAAGCCCUAACGCGUGGAUUUUUUUGACCCACUCACCCUCCCACGCAGUCCAUGUCCUGUUUUCAGGAGUCGACACGAGGAUAUGAUAUUUUGAGAAAACGAUUCCUCCAUUCCUCUCUUUGUGCUUCUCCUUUUUUCCCCACGAUAAAUAAUCUGAGCAGCUCCAAUAAUCUGGGAUGCUGCUACAAAUGUGAGCGAGCGGGGUGGAGAAGAGAGCAGGUUGAUGAUUAACCCGCGCGCACAGACGCCUUUAUGUGGCGUGGAAAUGAAAAGGCAGCGCAGUCAGCAUCUUGCUCCCACUCUUAAUCUGCGCAAAUCACGACAAUCCAUUGGAAAUAAUCUGCGGCUCCUGUUUGUGGAGCUGUGUUUUUGCGUGGGGGAGGAGGAGGUGAAGCACUUUCCAAGGCGCUCGCUCAUUUGCAUAAUUUUUCUUGUCUAUAGUGACGCUGGCGGUUCGGGGCAGUUCACUGGUGUCUGCGUGGAACUGGUGAAGGAUCACAUAGUCCAGAAUCACUAUGAAGCUCUGGUCAUGGCCAGAGCACGUGGAUAAACCCAAAUGGUGACUCCAGAUUAUCUCUCUGACCCUACUCGCUGAGCUGAGGAGACAAGGAAGAGGGGAACGGGUUUUUUUUUUCCUUCUUCCUCCCUCGCACGGUUCUUCCCAUUUCUUGUUGGGGCUGUAAAUGCUCGCGUGGAAACUUUCUGGUGGAUUAUUCUGAUGGAUUUGCUCGCUGAAUGAGAGCAUAUUGGUGGGUGCUGAGCAGUGGUCGUCACAGGAGAAGGUUCACCCGAGGAGGCCAUUGGCGGGGAGGCGUCACGUGAUCGCCGGGUGCCAAUGUUAUUCUACGAGGGUGUCAAGACCCUGUCACGUUCUGAAAUAAAUAUUGGGAAACGGCGAGAUGCAAAAGGCAACCUACUACGACAGCUCGGCAAUUUACACUGGCUACCCAUAUCAAAGCGCAAAUGGCUUCAGUUAUGAUGCCAAUCAGGUCCAAUAUCCCCGAACCUCUCAUGUGGAAAGUGAGUACCAUCGACCCGCCUGCUCCCUGCAGUCCGCUGACGGCUCCGUGCCGCUGCACAAGCCCGAGAGCUGCGACGGCAGCGCGGAGGCGGAGGCCCAUCCCGAGAGCGCCCAGGCGGCGGGGCCACCCCCGACCCCGCAAUCGCCCGGCGAGAACAACGGCUCCGUCCAGCCCAGUGCCAAGUCCGGCGGGUCGCCCACGUCCAGCACGCGCAGCAAGCAGAUCUUCCCCUGGAUGAAGGAGUCGCGCCAGAACACCAAGCAGAAGCCCGCCAGUAGUUCCAGCUCAGUGGACAGCUGCCCUGGAGAUAAAAGCCCUUCGGGGUCAGCGGCAUCCAAGAGGGCCCGGACAGCCUACACCAGCGCCCAGCUGGUGGAGUUAGAGAAGGAGUUCCACUUCAACCGGUACCUGUGCCGACCCCGGAGAGUGGAGAUGGCCAACCUGCUCAACCUCACCGAGAGACAGAUCAAAAUCUGGUUCCAGAACCGACGGAUGAAGUACAAAAAGGAUCAAAAGGGUGUGGGGAUGAUGCCUUCCCCUGGUGGUCAGUCUCCACGGAGCCCAGUGGGCCCCUCCUCUGGAGGAGGGGGGGGCGGCGGAUACCUCAGCUCUAUGCAUUCUCUUGUAAACAGUGUUCCAUACGAGUCCCACUCACCGACCUCAUACAACAAACCUCAUCAGAAUUCUUACAACAUGGCCUCCACCUACCCCCCUCCUUUGAACAGCUCUCUCAACAACUGCCCCCCCUCUCAGAAGAGGUACCCCGACGCCGCCACGCCCGAGUAUGACGCGCAUGCGCUCCAGGGGAACGGCACCUACGGGACGCACAUGCAGAACAGCCCGGUCUACGUCGGCGGCGGCUACAUGGAGCCCAUGGCCAGCUCUGGGAGCUCGGUGUUCGGUCUGACCCACCUCUCGCACGGCCCGUCCUCCAACAUGGACUACAACGGAGCUAUCACGAUGGGCAGCAGUCAGCACCACGCAGGGUGCGACCCCACGCCGACCUACACGGACCUAACGGCGCACUAUUCUCAGGGAAGAAUCCAGGAAGCGCCCAAAUUGACGCAUCUGUAACGGCGGAUCACUCCGCCCAUUGUCUCCUCCGCCUCCAGCCGCAUCACUGCUUUGUUUGUGCGCCUCCACCUUUUACUAUAGUUUGAUGUGUGAAGUAGCGUAGGAUAAAUGAUGGCAAGCGUUGGACGCCUCAGACCCGCAUUAUGAGCUGCAGGAGGACGACAUAUUGACCUAUUUAAUCGUCUCAUAGUUUAAGUCAAACAGGGUAUUAUGAUUUUUCAAUGUGAACCUUUUAUUUAUCCGCAGUUGAAGAAUUGUGUUUUGCAUUUUGUUGCACUUCCAGAAGGACAUUUAAACACACACACACACACACACAAGCUUCCACGCAUCUUACCUUCAUUGUGUUUUUGUAUUAGAUAUUAUUUAUUUGUUCAAAAAUCUAGUAUUAUCGGACGUAGUGUCGCCACCAACAGCAGCCAAAUAAAUACAUAAAAGUAAUAAUAAAAUUACAAAAAAAACACCGCUGCUGCAGUGGAUCUCCUGCCCGAAUUUUAUUUUCUCAGAAUGUAAACAUCAAUCACGCAAUAAUGACGGAGGGAAGCACACAUGCUCGCAUUUUAUUUAUUUAAGAAACAGGCAUCAUCAUUAUUACUCUUUUUUUUGGUCUCUCUCGAUGUCAUACAUUCCAUGCUGCUCCAGUUCGUAGAAAUAAAAAUUGAAAUGUAAUAACCGCUUUUCGUUUUUAAUUCCGUUUCACGCGCGUGGAGGUGAAUUAAAAAGUCUCAUUUGAGGAAUGAGUCCCAACGAAACCGCGGACGUAAAGGUGGCGAUUAUCUGAAACGAUGACGGCAUGUUUUUCUUCAACUGCGUGAGUUAAUGUGGAUAAAAAAAGAACAGUAGAUGUGCGUAAUUGGUGAAGAAGAAAACGUGGCGCUCUCCGUGACUCGGGUGGCCUUGUCUUGCCCUUCAUCUGCGUGGGCACAUCCAUUCUAAUAAAAAUGACAGCCAGACCUCCGUGGAAAUUCUGCAAACACACACACACACAGAGGAGAAUUAGAAACCCUAUAAAGUGCAACAUUUCAUGAGCAAACAAGAUUUAAAAAAAAACCCCACACAGAUCAUUAAAAGCAUAGCCACAGUUGUUUCUAAUAUUUAUGUUAAGCAAAUGUCACUCUCGCGUUAAAUUCAAGUUUCAAAAUAAUCACUCGUACUUUCCUAACGAACUCGCGUGAUUU